UAACGUUAACAAUGAUCAAAGAGAAUUUUAAACCAAUUUCAAUAUAAGAUACUCAAAUAAUAUUACAAAUAUUGUUGCAAAGAAGAUUUUGCACAACCACAAGUGCAAUACAAAAAAAAAUUCAAAAAUCUAUUAAAUUAUCGCCUUUUCUUGUGCCAUCGAAGACAAUGGAAACUUUCACAUUUGAGAAAAUUUGCAAACAGGCCAAGCAGACCAGACCAGCGCAGGCUAUGGGCAAUUGUUACAUUAACAACAACAGCAAUUCAACAAAAGCAUAAGGCCAAUUAGUUUAUGCAAUGCAUUCUCCGCUAGAAUAUCGCAAAGCCCAUCAGGCACAGCGUGAAGAUGCUUCACAAUUGAUUGAGGAAUGUUUGCCAAAACUCAAAUGGCGUUUCGAUGGUCACGACACAUUAAUCGAUGUGGGCUCCAGCUCUGGUGAUAUUCUCUUCGAUUUUAUCUAUCCAAUAAUGCCUAAAAAUUUUACUCGCGUUGUUUGCACGGAUGUGAAUCCCAAAAUGGUGAAAUAUGCCAAAGAAAUCUAUGGCACAUAUGCCAAAACCGAGUUUAGGACUUUGAAUAUUGAAUGCCAAGAGGGAGUGGGUGAGCAGUUUAAGGGACGAUUUGAUCAUGUCACAUCGUUUUAUGCACUACACUGGACAAAAGAUCUAAGGAAAGCUUUUCGGAAUAUCUACGAAUUACUGCGCAACGAGAAUGGUGAUUGUCUACUCCUUUUCUUAAUCAAUUGGAGUAAAGUCUAUGGUUUUUAUGACAUUCUUAGAAAUUCCGUUAAAUGGUCUCAAUACAUAAACAACUUGGAACGGCUGACAGCUCCUCUACAUUACUCAAAAGAUCCUAGACAAGAUUUAAUGGACAUUUUAAAUGAUUUAGGCUUUUCCAAAUACGACAUUGAAAUAAAAGAUAGAAUUGUCCAUUAUGACAGUGAGGAGAUAUUUAGAGACAAUAUGGUGGCCAUAAGUCCAUUCAUUACCAAUGUUCCUUUGGAAUUGCAAGAACAAUUUGGUCAUGAUUUAGUUGAAGCAGCCGCUUCUUUAGGCUGCCGCGACGAGGAGGAUGGCAGUUUUCGCAUAUCAUACAAAGUUGCUGUGGUACUGGCAAUCAAAUAAUUUUAUUUUCUGUAACAUUUAUAAUAAAAACAUUGCAUGUGUAAA